AUGUCCUCCUUAGAUAAAGACGUUCAACACUUGUCUUUAAACAGAACCCUCUCCAACACCUCGUCUGUGGUAAGCACCAAACACGAUUAUGUCGACCGGCCUUUCAGCGGUAAAAAGGAACAGUUUGACCAGGUAUUGGAUAUUCUUGAUAACACCGGCUUCAUCCCAGAGCCAUUAAUCGAGUCGGAAACCAAGUGGUUCUAUGAAUCCUUGGGCAUCGACGACGUGUUUUUUGCCCGAGAGUCUGCCGAAGGCAUUGCUAGCCACAUCCACUCAUUAUACGCGUGUAAGGUUCAGGCGUAUUCCAAUGACAUCGCUGACAAGCCUUUGAUCCAGUACAAGCGCGAAGCCGAAGACCACGCGGUGUUCUUUGAUACCGCGUCUGUGGAUGGAAGCGAUUCAAGAUCCAGUUUUGAGGCCCGAAUCGAUGAUCGGUAUAUCGAUCCAUCGUCGUCGGUGUCCAACAGCUACCGGGCAGAGUUCUUCUCGGCGCGGUUGAACUACCAAACCGACCCGAUUUUGGCAGGUAUCUACGAGAAGAACCACCUGAUUCAGAACCAGUUGGUCAGAUGUCACUUUAUCUAUAAAAACAACUACGAUAACCAGUCGGUGUCACCACUGGAAACAGACAUUUCCAAGAUCGGGGACUCGACGUUUUUGAAGAUCGCUUCGAAAAACACCAAGAGGUUGUACCAGGAGAUCAUCCAUGGUGUGCUUAGUACCACGGGUCCGGUGAUUAGACACUAUCCCAUUGAGGACUCGGAGGAGUACAGAGUGAUCAUUGGCUUCAAGCAGAAGUCGGCUUCACGGUACAACUCGGCCUUGACGGACUUGACCAACUACUAUCACUUGCAAGUCACCAGAAAGUACGUGGAGCAGUUUGCCAAUGGGGUCACGGUGAUUUCUAUGUACAUCACUUCGAAGCAUCAAAGAAGUCCAGUGGAUUUGUCGAUUUACCAGGUGAUUAAAGAGGCUUCUUUGUUGUACUCAAUUCCUUACAACUACUUCCACAGCGACUUUAUCAAGGGUGAUUUGUCGAUCCAAGAGUCUAUCUAUGCCCACUGUGGGGUGAUCUUUGUCACCCAUUUCUUGAACCGGUUGGGUCCAGAAUAUAACAAGUUGACCUCUUUGUUGGAUCCUUCCAAGUCUACUCAGCAUGCUGAGGUUUUGAGUAGUUUAAAAAAGAGAUUGAGAGCUGAAACCUACACCCAAAAUUACAUUAAAGAAGUGUUUGAAUCCAGAAAGGAAAUCAUCAAGAAGUUGUAUCGUCAAUUUGCUGAUGUUCAUUAUAUCAGAUCCUCUAUGGAAAAGACUUUGUCUUACCAAAGAAUUAGUCAAAUCACUCCAUUUGCUAACGAAGAAGAGUUUGAAACAAUCUUGAGCCGGGAAUGUUCUCAGAACGAACACCAUGUUUUGGUCUUGAGAGCUUUAUAUGUGUUCAACAAGCACAUCUUGAAGACCAACUUCUAUACCUCUACCAAGGUUGCUUUAUCUUUUAGAUUGGACCCUUCAUUUUUGCCCCAAUCGGAAUACCCUGAUACUCCUUUCGGUAUGUUCUUUGUGGUAGGUAAUGAAUUUAGAGGUUUCCACAUUAGAUUUAGAGAUAUUGCCAGAGGUGGUAUCAGAAUUGUUAGAUCUAGAUCCGAUGAUGCCUACAAUGUCAACGUUAGAAACUUGUUUGAUGAGAAUUAUAACUUGGCUAGUACUCAACAAAGAAAGAACAAAGACAUCCCUGAAGGUGGUUCCAAGGGGGUCAUAUUAUUGGAUCCUGGUAGUUCCCAAGAAAGACCUGAAGCAAACUUUCAGAAAUACAUCGAUGCCUUGAUCGACUUGUUAUUGAAGCAAAAUAUUCCAGGCGUUAAGGAUAACUACAUUGACUUGUACAAUAAGCCCGAAAUUUUAUUCUUGGGACCUGAUGAAGGUACCGCUGGAUACGUUGAUUGGGCUACUUUACAUGCAAAGAGCAGAGGGGCUCCAUGGUGGAAAUCUUUCUUGACUGGUAAAUCCCCAACCAUUGGUGGUAUUCCACACGAUGUUUAUGGUAUGACCAGUUUAUCUGUAAGAGCAUAUGUGAACAAAAUUUAUGAACAAUUAAAGAUUGAAAGUGCUUCUAUUAAAAAGAUUCAAACUGGUGGACCAGAUGGAGAUUUGGGAAGCAAUGAAAUCUUAUUAUCAAGAGAUGAACAGUACGUUGGCAUUGUUGAUGGUUCUGGUGUUAUUGCUGAUCCUAACGGAUUAGACAAGCAGGAGUUAUUGAGAUUAGCAAAGGAAAGAAAGAUGAUUGACAGUUUCGAUGCCUCCAAGUUAUCAGAUCUUGGUUACAGAGUGUUGGUUGAUGAUGUUGAUGUUAAGUUACCAAACGGAUAUCUUGUCACUUCCGGUGUGUCAUUCAGAAACACUUUCCACUUAAAGAUCAAAGAGGUCUUUGGUGUUAAUUUGGUUGAUUUAUUCGUUCCAUGUGGUGGAAGACCAUCUGCCAUUGACACCAAUAAUGUUCAUGAUUUAAUUGACGGAAAGACUGGUAAAUCUGUUAUUCCAUACAUUGUUGAAGGUGCUAACUUGUUUAUCACCCAAUCGGCUAAAAUCAUUUUGGAACAAGCUGGGUGUGUUAUUUUCAAAGAUGCUUCUACAAACAAGGGUGGUGUUACGUCUUCUUCCUUGGAGGUUUUGGCAUCUUUGUCUUUUGAUGACAAGGGAUUCCUGACUCAUAUGUGUGUUGAUUCCAAAACCCAUGAAAUCCCACAAUUCUAUCAAGAAUACGUUAAACAAGUGCAGAAGAUUAUUGUCGAAAAUGCCCAGAAUGAAUUUCAAGUGUUAUGGAACUUGAAGAAAGACACUGGUUUAACCUUCACCGAAUUGUCUGAUAAGUUGUCGGUUACCAUCAACAAGUUAGCUGACGAAUUGGCCAAUUCUAAGGAAUUAUGGAACGAGGACACUGAAUUCAGAGAUGCCGUGUUAUUGGAUUCGUUGCCUCCAUUAUUAUUGAAGGAAAUUGGUAUUGAAAAGAUCCUCGAAAGAGUUCCUGAAACUUACUUAAAGGCCUUAUUUGCAACGCACUUGGCUUCCAGGUUUGUCUACUCGAGAGGUAUUGAUUCUAACCCUGCCAAAUUCCUUGAAUUCAUUUCUUCCACUAGAAAGGAAUACAAGAAGAAAGGAUUCCUUAAUUAG